AUGAGUGCUCCCGAAAUUGCUAAUGCCCACGAUGGCGUCACCAUCCAACAUCCCCCGGCAUCAAAGGAUACAGACCCUUCUACAGAGGCACCUAUACAAUCAAUAGAGACUCCUCUCAAGUUUCGAAUACCUGAAGAUUGCCGCACCUUCUCGCCUUUUCCUCGCCUGCCGCCAGAGAUACGUGCCCAGAUAUGGCAAGCUACCCUGGAGACUCCCGGCAUGCACUUUCUCAAAAUCGACACCGACUGGCACCCGGCAACAGGGCUUGGGAAAUGGUGGCUCAAAGAGCCGAUUUUCCUCCACGCAAGUGCUGAAGAUCACGAUGAUGACGUUGAUUCUGUGGCGCUCGAGGUCAGAAAAGAAGCUCGCCCUACUGCAAAGGUGUACGGUACACUGAAGCCUCUCUACCCCACUCCCCAAGCCGACAUCUCUUAUUACACGAAUCUCCAUCAACAGCUCGCCAAACUUUCUGUCACAUGCAAUGAAGCUGCCGCUGUAGCUAAGUCCCUCACAAAUCGGUCUACGACUUUCCGCCUUAACACUGGCCGGAUCGUUAGCCUCAACUCCCCCUCGGAUGUCAUCUACCUUGAAUACGUCCCACCUGAAGUCUACGAAGACAGCAUACGCUUCAAUAAGGUUCUGAACUGCUCAGGGCUCGAUCAAAUUCGAAAGGUCGCGGUCAGAUAUUGCCACAAAUGGUAUGAGAAACAAUCGCCCAGGCGAUGUCCAAACUGCGGCCUAAUCCACAGCACUCCUGAUAGAGUCAGGUACCCGAAACACUUAUACAGGUUCUUGGCUCAAUAUCUCCCCAAUCUGGAGCAGUUCUUCUUUGUCGAUUACCUCAUUCUACGUAAAUCCGACCUCAAUGCUGCCACAGAUCGCUACGGGUUCCAGAGAGACUUGAAAGCGAAAACAGGCACAUGCAGGUUCGAGGGUGGGAACAGAAGCUACUUCGAAGCGGACACGCAAGAUUGGACUAUCAGCUCCCGAGUUCUUGAAGUCAAAUCCUGGCUGCAGGAGAACUUUGUCAAAUACGCCAAGUCGAGCAGCCUGAGCGCCCACAAGAACCCAGAGCAGGUCGAGUUUAGUGUUCUUGCUUGCGAAUGGAAUGUUGAACCACCGUCAGAGCCAAAGAAGGCAUUGGCGACACCGGUUAAGAAAGGAAGAAAUAAGAGAGCCAAUAGCGAGGAGCACACUUUAUCAAGGACGAACCGACGAGGAUCGACGCCAACGGUAUCGCGUCCUGUUGCCGAUAGCCUCCCACUCGACGUGGCUAUCAACUUCCCGUUCGUCUUUGACGCAGCUGGCAGCAACAAUUUUGAAUUCACCUUUUCUAUGUCCCUAUAA